GUUGUCUCUGCGCAUAUCUGCGCACUGUGCUACCAUAUGUUAAUCGAUCGCCAUGCUCUUCUUCGAUAUGUUAUUUUCAUUUCUCCUCAUCCACAUUGCGAGUGGAACCGUUCUGGAAAAGAAUAAGUUAAAACAUGUGACAUUUCUUGACGAGAGUAACUUCGACACAUUUAUACAACAUCCCAACAUACGAGCUGUGGUAUUUUACGAGCCCUUCCCGGAUUCAACAGGAGAGCAAGAGAGUAUUUACCAGGGAGAAUAUAAAAAUGUCAAAUACAACCAUUUUCUGCCACUUUACCAAAACGCCUCAAAAUACAUCUCGAAAUUUGAAGUAGACACCGGGUUGGUGGACUGCGCCAAGACACCAUCCGUAGGUAAAUGUGGGGAAUUGGAUGCAAAUAACGUCUUUGUUUACGGGUACAGGAAUAGUAAAAUGGUUUUAAAGCUUUCCUACGAGAAUCUCUUCAAUGAGGACGCACAGAUUGGCAGUUUUCUCCAUUUGAACGCCUUCAAACGCUUGCCUAUCAUUAACAACGCACAGAAAAUGGAUGAUCGUAUCUUGGCGGAGAAUCGAGGAAAGGCGAAUGUCCUUUUUGGAUAUUUUCAAUAUCUUGGAGACCCAGAACACAGGGCUUUCGUUGAAGCAGCCUACCCCCAUCUCAACGACUUUGCAUUCGUUAUGAUCACAGACAAAGACACAUUUGAAAAAGCGAGGUUCUAUGUACCCCUCGAGGCACAGGAACGAUCAAAAGUAUAUGUGUUCUUGUGCAAGGAGCGUAAAGAGGGAGAGGAAUGCCCGCAUGUAAUCUACAGAGGGAGCCUGGACAAGGAUAACAUCACUAUCUACAUGAAUAACCUAAAUGAGGCUUCGAAAACGUUCGAUAUACCAAGAGACGGUAAUCAUGACGUGUUGAAGCACCUCAAGAUCCACGUUGCCUACCUUUUCUAUGAUAAGCAAUCAAAGGAGAUGGUCAAACAAACUGCUGAAAAGUUGCGCAAUACCUUCCCGGGUGUGGUGGGGGUCUUGACCGUCGACACCGAUCACCCCGAUUUGAUAAAGAGCACAGAGGAAAUAAAGAAACCGGGGUUCGCCAUAAAACGGAGAGGCAAUGAGAAUCCAAUCCACAUGGAACAUAAAUUCAGUGAGGCUAACGUCAUUCAGUACACUCGUAAACAGAUUGAGGAAUAUCAAGCGGUAGUGCGCGCGGAAACGGAUGAAAUCAAAGAUCCUUUCCAAGUCAUGGAUGACGAGGUGGCCACGCCGGUCUACAAUCUUAACCUGCUCCCACAGACUACGAUCCCCAUCGACCACAUCACCGCCCUCACUGAUAAAACCUUCUCGCUGAUCACCAGCCGGGACGUUCCAACCCUGGUAGUAUUUUACACCAAAUACGAUACAGCUAGUAUGGCUUUCCUUCGUUCCUACUCUGGGGCUGUCAUGGCUGAAAAGAACAGGACCUCAUUUACUCGGGUUAACUGCUUCGAUUGGACUGAUGUCUGCACUGCUCAAAAGGUGGCCCAUUUUCCUAGCAUCCGGUUAUAUCAAUCCGGACGGGAACCUAUUAUCUACCGUGGCAUGCUGGAUGGCGAGGCUGUCAUAAAUUUUGUGAAAGUGGUCCAGAUGGGAAGUCCCCUGGAGAUCACCUGCCCAGAGAAGGCCAAAUCAUUCAUGAGUGGGUCAUACCCAGAAGGUUUACAGGGAUUGAAGAUGGAUGCGACCAUCGCCGUGGGGCUGUCAAACGCAGCAGAUAUUUCUGUCGUCAAGAAGGUUGCUGACUCUUUUGGUGGUGAUGUUUUCUUCGCUUACGGAACUGGCGAUGUCGCCAACGUCAUAUGUGACGGAAUGACACCCUGCUUGAUAGUCUUGCUCCCAAAUGAGCCAAAGAAGAUCGUGAAGAUUGAUGGUAUACUGAAUGCCAAAAAGCUUACAGAUGAUAUUCAGGCAUACAGGCUACCAACCCUGGUCGAACUUACGGUUGCAAGCUUGCCAAAGAUCUACGCCCGGAAGAAGCCCAUGGUCAUGUAUUUCGGCGAUGACACAGACGCAGAAUAUAAGGCAUUGGCACUUUUGGCUGGUUCUGGCUAUGCCAGUGACCAUAUAUUUACAUGGGUCAAUUGCAUUGAGUUUGGCAGUAUUGGAUUGAGUGUCCUUCACACUUACCAACCUAAGGCGAGCGUACCAGCAAUCGCUCUUCUUAACUUGAACAUGGGUAACGUUUUUAUGCCGGAAAAAUUGAAGUUCACAGUUGAGGGCAUCAAAGACUGGAUGAUGAGUGUAGCAAGCGGCAAGGAGGCACCCGUCUAUGUCAUGCCCGACACAAAGUGGAAGCCACUUAGUGAAGGUUAUGAUUUCAUUGAAAAGAUGAGGACCAAGGCUGAAAAAGAACCAAAAGAGGAAGAGGUUCCGGACGGUGGAAGGUUGCGUGGCGUAAAAACAGACAACAAGAGGAAGGCGCCAGUAGACAAGGUUAAAGGCAAGGCCACCGAGGAUAUGAUCAAGAAGUCGGGAAUGGAUAAGACAUCAUCGCUUCACGAGGAGUUGUAGACACACGAACAUUUUCUUGUCUUCUGAUUGCAAUCUCGUAAAAUGCCACACUACUAUACAGCAGAACGGGUACUCCUUUUACCUCAAUGACAUUCCGCGACGUUACUAUUUAUAGCUCACAAGGUCAUUUGAAUAAGAUAUUGAUGACGUUUUAGUCACGUGACAGUCGCACAUCGACACUUAUUUCUACGCAUUUGAGCUAAUUUCAAAGUCAAUUAUCUUUGACCCUGCAUUGUUUUUAGCAUGAAUGAUACCAUAGAGUCAGAGAGAGAAAUAUUCAGAACAAUUAUGUAGUAUUUCCAACACUCGGACAUGUGCCAGAUUGAAUCUAACUGCCCUAGUUAGAAAGCCCGAAUCCAUUACGAAACCGCAUGUUUGUCCGAUAUUGCCUGUAAUUCAGCGAUGGGGAAAUAGAGGGCAGCAGCUGCAGUGACGUCAUUAUCGCGGAAAGCUAUUAUCACUUAUGUAUGACUCCUAGGUUUGUUUAAAACGAUAUGGAGAGCUUUGUAGAUAAGAAGCCGAAGUGAUUUUGAUUUCGAUUUGAUUUCAUCGAGUCUCGUAAUGUAAGCUGAUAUCCAUGUGUUUCUAAAUCAAGUUUGAAUAUAAUAGCAAUGGCAAAUCCAGCUAUAGUGCCUUCAUUCCCUAAAAUGAGUGUACCUCUACUGGAAAAUAUCAUUCUGAAAGCAACUAAUCUGGUAGUUUCUACUGUACCGACUGUGAAAUGAAUAAACACAGUGGUAAAACUAA